AUGGGAAGUUGCAAUUUUAAGUCAGAAGAUGCAGAUCCAACAGUUUCUAUCUCCAAAACCCAUUUUCAAUUUCACUAUGUAAUCGGAAAAGGAGGUUUCGGCAAGGUUUGGAAAGUCGAACUAAAAAAGACAAGAGAGAUUUUUGCAAUGAAAGAAAUGUCAAAAGCCAGAAUUCUUGCAAAGAAAAGCGUAAACUCAGUCUUAAACGAACGUCAGCUAUUAGCAACACUUAAACAUAUGUUUAUUGUGAAUAUGCAAUAUGCUUUCCAAGAUAAAGAAAACAUUUAUCUUGUUAUGGAUUUGAUGCCAGGAGGUGAUCUUAGGUAUAUAUUUAUAUAUAUAUAAAAACAUUUGCAUUGAGGGUGUUUUAUACAAAUAAUUAAUAAAAUUCAUUUUAUGGGAAACUUUUAAUUUCUAUAAAUAGCAUAUCACCUAGGCCGACAAAAAAAAUUCACAGAAGCUCAAAGUAAAUUUUUUAUCGCUUGUAUUUUAAUUGCUCUAGAAUAUUUGCAUAACAGUGGAAUUUUGCAUAGAGAUGUAAAACCAGAAAAUCUGGUUUUAGAUGAUAAAGGCUAUGUAAGAUUAACAGAUUUUGGAAUCGCUAGAGUGUGGAACCCAGAUAACGCUAAAGACACUAGUGGUACUCCUGGAUAUAUGGCACCAGAAGUAAUGUGUCGACAAAACCAUGGAGUUGCUGCUGAUUAUUUUGCCUUGGGGAUUAUUGCUUAUGAAUUUAUGAAUGGGACAAGACCUUACCAGGGUAAGGCUAGAAAACAAGUAAGGGAGCAGAUAUUGGCUAAGCAAAUCCAAAUAAAACAAGAAGAAAUCCCUGAAGACUGGUCAAUUGAAGCUGCUGAUUUCGUUAAUAGGGUAUGAAUUAUAUAGCUUAUUCAGAGAAAGCCUGUUAAUCGACUGGGGUUAAAUGGUCCUGAUGAAGUGAAAAAUCAUCCUUGGUUUCGAGACUUUGAUUGGAAAAAAUUAUAGCUUUUGAGCAUUUUUUAACGCAUUUUGGCAUUUUAAAAAAAACUUUUGUGACCAAGACUAUAAAAUUAAGGUAAAAUAUAUUCUAAAACUAAAAAAAUAUAUAAAAAAAAAAAGAAUAGAGAGAAUAAUUGAUAGAAGAAUGGAAUCACCAUUUAUUCCUAGUCAAAAUGAUGAUAAUUUUGAUUUAAAGCUUCAUCUCGCUGAUGAUCCUUGAAAAGAUGCUGAAAGUGAAUCUUAUCAGCAGAGCGUCGAACUUCUGAGAACUCCUUCAACACAAGCACUUUUCGCUGGAUAUUUCUAUGAUAUUAAUCAAAAUCCUGGCACAGAAAGUGAAUCCACAAAAAAUUAA